AUGUGGCCAAAUCAAGGUCCACCCAAUCCAGCCUUCCCUCCUGGCUACAACCCUGCAUAUCCUCCUGUGCCACCUGCAGGCGCCUUCCCUCAGCCCCCACGUACACAGUACACACCUGUCCAGUAUCCAGCUGGCCUCAACCCGGCCAUGGUGCCAAACGCACCUCCUGGCGUGAUGCCCUAUGGAGCUCCAAGACCCCAGUCUUACCCCAUGACCGCUGGGGGAUAUCCAGUUGCCCCAGGUGCAGGCGUUUACCCCGGCGCUUACCCACGCUCUCCGAAAGGGCUCCACCACAAAGAAAACAAAGGGCAUCAUCACCACAAAGGCCUUUACCCUUCCGGUGGCAUCCAUCCCAUGGGUGGAGCCAUCGGAGGAGGCUUGGCUGGAAUGGCCAUGGGGUUGGUGGGACAUAAAGCCCACAAGAAGUUGAAGAAGGGGAAGAAGCUGAAGAAGGCGCAUAAGAUGUACAAACACGGGCACCACAAACAUGGUGGCAAGUCCUCCUCCAGUAGCAGCAGCAGCAGCAGUAGCAGCAGCGACUCUGACUGA